AUGAAUGCCGAUGCAAAGGUUUCUCGCUUUAUACCAAGAUUGCUUGGCUACGAGAAAGCAAAGCAAGGGCAUGGAGGCUACGUCCCAGGUGGGUUCCAUAUUACAAUCGUAUGGGAACGUGUUCCUGGAGAUAGACUUGGUCCAAGAAUCAAAAUUCCAGAUAGUCCAUUCUGGAAACUCAAGAGAUCCCUUCGAGAUGAAAUCCGGACUCAGCUCAAAGACACAUUUUUAUAUACUGUCUAUGGGCGACUAAGGAAGGAGAGACUAAGCCCUCAGGCUGGAGAGAGAGCAAGAAAAGAAAAAUAA